CUCAUCCAUUGUUUCCAUCCCUUGAAAACGCUUAGUAGAUGCUGACAAGCCGCCAGCUCGCCGAGGGCGACGCCUUGGCAGGGGCCCGCGAUGGUGAGGUCCUGCCGCGCGAGCUGCAGCCCAAAGUCCGUGCUACAGCCGCAGCGCCGGAGGCAGCGCUGGGAGCAGUUGACCGUCCCGCGCGCGGCGGCGGGUCCGCGCCUGCAGCAACGGGUGAGCGGGAGCUGGCGCCGAUGGUGGCGGGAACUGCGGCUCCAGGUCAAUGCCAGUACAGAGGCCCCGGCGGAGCGGGGCCUGCAGCGGCGGCAGAGGGAGCCGCUGCAGGUGAAGAGGUGCUGCCAGGGGUGAACGGUGGGGAUGGAUGGGCUACCCUGCGGCCGUUCGCGGACUUCCCACGGCGUGGCACCUUCCGGGGUAGGGGCCGGGGCUUGGGGGCAAGUCGCCACGCGGGAGCAGCUGCGGCGGACGCUGCUGGUGGGCCAGUGGCGGCCAGUGAUGCAGGGCGGGAUGGAGCCGUGCAGGCGGCAGCGCCGGCAGCGGGGCAGUAGCAGUGGACAGAGGUGCGGGCAAGCUGCACGGUGACUAGGACCCGGCGAACCGGCGUGGGUCUAAGCGCUGUUGUCAUAUGCUCAUAGGGCUACGCUGGGAUUAAGGGAUAUGUGAGACAGAGCAGUUCAAUAACAUAAAUAAAGGAGUUCGAGGAGGAUGACAGUGCGCGACUAUCGCUGCCGCCGCCGCCGCAGCAGCAGGCACAGCCGCCGGCCCGCCGUAGCAGCAGCGGCCAAGUGUGGCGGCGAUGGCGACCACAGCGGGCCUGGCUAGCCUGGUAGCUGUGGGGCAGGGCGCGUGAAGCUGGCCGCAUCGCGCAUCGACGCGGGCCUGGGACGCUGGGUCUGGGCGAUGAGGAGGAGCGUAAGGGUGACGGAGCGUGCUGCUAGGCGGCUCUCAAGCUGCCGCACGCAGGAGCAGGUGCAGGCGCGGUGCCCAUGAGCGUGUCGCAGUGAUGCCCUGCUGUUGCUGUAACGGAUUGUGGCG